AUGUGGAGUAUCGGAUGCAUAUUUGCGGAGUUGAUUACAUUGCAACCACUGUUUCCUGGAAGUUCUGAGUGUGAUCAACUAUUCAGAAUAUUCGAGGGUUUGGGAACACCUACAGACACAACUUGGCCCGGCUACAGUGAAUUACCUGUAGGUAAAAUUACUUUUAAAAACCAUCCAACCGGUCGACUGCGGGAGACAAUGAAUAAUCUUCUUUCAAACGAUGGGCUAUCGCUAAUACAAGACUUUUUGCUGUAUGAUCAAGCGGCAAGAGUGACAGCAGACGCCGCUUUGAAUCAUCCAUAUUUCGAAGAAGAGCCGGUGGCGAUGGAGCCCGCCAUGUUCCUACCAUCGCUGUGGUCAGAGUACGUCGCGCAGAACUCCAGCUCUGAGACGGGAGAGAGCGAGCAUUAA